GCUGUUAGUCAGGUUAGGCCUAAGUGAAUCAAUCAGAAUUUUCAGAGAGAAAGGAGAGAAUGUCGGCGGCUUUCGACUCCCUGUCAAAUCUCUUAGAUUUUUCAAAGAAAACAUCGGUUUUACCAUUGUUUACGGGUUGUACUGCAGCAUAUAUUGUAUAUUAUUUAUUAUGGCUAGUAAAGAAACCGAUUAUUGCCUGUAACCCAUCAAAGAAGCACUUCCUUCUAGAACGGAUGCCUAUAUUGAAGAGGAAAUUUUGGCCUACAAUUUGGUGUACAGGUUACCGACUACAGACAAUAGUACGAAUGUUUAUAAAGGAAAAUCCACAAGUUGGAUUCGAUAGGGAAACUAUUAACUUGAAAGAUACAGGAGAAAUAGCUCUAGAUUGGCUUCACCCGGAGGAGGAUGAUGAAAAAAAGUUGAUUGUCCUUAUCUUGCCAGGAUUAGUAGGAAGUAGUGACGAGAGCUACUGUCGACAUUAUGCCCAACAGGCCUACAACAGGAACGUUAGAUCGGUCGUCUUUAAUUAUCGCGGAAAUGGAGGCUCCACCCUGAGGACUGCUCGCACAUACUGUGCCACUUAUACCGAUGAUCUAUCGCAAGUUAUUCAGCAUGUUCAAAAACGUUAUCCAAAAAAUGCUGGAAUUUUGGCAGCUGGCGUCUCUCUCGGUGGCCUCAUUCUUACUAAUUAUUUGGCAAAGGUUGGAAAAAAUUCUGGUAUAAAAGCAGGCUUUACUGUAUCAGCCGCGUGGAAUGUUUUCGAAUCUUGCAAAGCCCUUGAACAACCUAUCAAUUGGUUUGUCUUUAACCGUCUCCUAGCCGAAGCUCUUAUCUCAAAGGUUAAAGAACACGCACAACUUUUCAAGAAUGAAUUUAAGGAUAGCUUAGAUUUUAAGAAGGUUUGGAAUGCUAAAACAAUAAGAGAAUUUGAUGAUUCUUUUACCUGCCGGCAAUUUGGCUACUCAAGUUAUGUGGAAUACUAUGAAGAUGCUUGUACUCAUAAAAAAUUACACCAUAUACAAACUCCAUUAUUAUGUUUAAAUGCCGCCGACGAUCCUUUUUCUCCAGCUCACGCCAUUCCCCUUGAAGAGGCCGAAAAAAGUGAGAAUGUUGCAAUUAUAGUAACAGCCAAAGGAGGGCACAUAGGUUUUAUGGAGGGUAUGUGGCCUUCGGGUGCAAAUUACAUGGAUUUAGUUCUAGCCGAGUAUAUAGACGUCACUUCCUCUAGUUAAUACUCUCUCUCUCUCUCUCUGUCUAUUUUCUAUCGGUCUCUCUCGUUCGCUCUAGUUUCCAUAUCUCAUAAAUAAUUAAAUUUAUUUUUUGGUUGGUCUUCUAUGCAAUAUUCUUGACUCAAAUAUGAAUUAAAUAGGCUAAAAAAUAAAGAGGAAGAAGAAAAAAACAGCGCGUUCAUUGUAAAAAAAAAACAAAAACAACAACCUAAGUACUUACUUUGCAGAGCAACAAUAACAACAAUAAUGUAACUUUCUUCUAGUUUUCUGGUUUUUUUUUCUUUUUUUUUUGCGUCCAAAUGUAUUGUAUUAAUAAAGAUUACGUAAUUAUGUAAUAAAUUGGAAAAUAGAUUUUUUAUACAUAUUUUUUUAUCUUAUAAUUAUUUAUGCAAAAUUGAGCAAAAUAAAUACAAAUUCUAUUGCAAUAAUUAUUAUUAACAAUGAUGAUUAUGAUGUAAAACAAUAAAAGAAUAAGUAACUAAAAUUA